AUGGUUAGCCAACAGAUAGCCUACGCUCCAUUCAGUUCUCAGAUUGCUGCCACUUCUCCAGCACAAUCAGACGGCGGAGAUCAUUUCUCAACAGAACUAACGCUGCUCGAUAAAGCUUGGCCUUGGCCAACUGAGACAAGAGAAGCAACGGCACGUGCCCCUAAAGACUUUUCUGAGGCUGUUAUAAACAAAAGAGAGGUAGCUUCCAAGAUUAUGGAGAUGAAACGCUACAGCCCCAGAGAAGAGGACGAAGAAAGAAGAAAGGGUGUCUCUACAAAACUUUGGCUUCAUCCUUAUAAUCCAUGGAACAUCAUGAAGAAGCUUACAAAAAGUGAUCUGGGCCAUCAGAGCAGGCUUUUGUUACCAAAAGAUUUGAUCGAUAAGUAUGUUAAGCCUCUCAUGAGCCUUGAUAACUUUGACAAAAUUCAAAGUGGGGAGGGUCUGAGAGUUGCUGUUUGGGAUUAUGAUACUGAUUCUGUGCACAAUGAGAUGGUUUUGAAGAAAUGGCGAUCUUCCAACAGCAGUUAUGUUUUCAUUAAAAAUUGGGGUAAUGAUUUUGUGAAAAGAAGGAACUUGGAGGAAGGAGACGAAAUUGCCAUGUUCUGGGAUGUAAACCUUUCAAGGUUCAACUUUCGCGUUCUUAACAAGAAUUAA